AUGCCUACAUCCGUAUGGCAAUCCGAUUGUACCCAUAAAAUUAACUGCGAAGUAUUUCAUACUUUCUCGAUUCAAAAGGAAUGUAACUUUUUGGAUACCGUUUCAGUGUACACAGAUGGUUUCAAAGUAACGGGUAUAUAUCAAUUUGCCUGCCAUGCUUUUAUGUUUGUACCAAAAUUUACAGAAAAGGAAAUAAGACAAUGGCAUAAAGGAUUUCUCAAAGACUGUCCGAAUGGCUUGCUAACAGAGCAAGGUUUUAUUAAAAUCUACAAACAAUUCUUUCCACAAGGAGAUCCCAGCAAAUUUGCGUCGCUUGUGUUUCGCGUUUUCGACGAGAAUAACGAUGGUUCAAUAGAAUUUGAAGAAUUUAUACGGGCUUUGUCGGUAACAUCGAAAGGAAAUUUGGAUGAGAAAUUACAAUGGGCAUUCAGAUUAUACGAUGUGGACAACGAUGGCUACAUAACAAGAGAGGAAAUGUACAACAUUGUUGAUGCAAUUUAUCAGAUGGUGGGUCAGCAACCGCAAGCGGAAGAUGAGAAUACGCCACAGAAGAGAGUGGAUAAAAUAUUUGAUCAAAUGGAUAAGAAUCACGAUGGUAAAUUAACAUUAGAAGAAUUUCGUGAGGGUAGUAAAGCUGAUCCACGUAUAGUUCAGGCGUUAAGUUUAGGUGGUGGUUAAAACAUCACAAUGAUUACCUUAAAUCUUUUAAACUCACUUAAAUAAUAAAUUUUUCCAAAGCAAUAAUUUUCUUCUUAUAUUUUUAACUAAAAAGCUUUAGGAUACACUUAAAUUGAAAUUUACUCAAUUAUUUAAAGAAAUCUUUCUCUAAAAGAUUGUCAAGGAAGAUAUAUUCGAGAGCAACGUUAAGCAUUGUUAUAUAUACUCUUUUAAAAAGAUAUUUGAUAUUGAUUCUAGAUUUUAAAAGCACAAGUAUAAAGUGAG